GUCAAAACUGCCUGCCAUAGCCUCAUCUAAGGCAGGAACUUGAGUGUGAACAGGUUUCUUCAGGUUAAAGUCCUCCUGCUGUAGCCGAUUCCUGAAAGACCCGCUUUCGGUCACGUCCGAGGAAAACUUGAAGCAGAAGGUUUCAUGAUGGCCGAAGGAGAGGAUUCUGGGUUUUCUCUCAUGAGCCUGGAGGAUGAGCUGACCUGCAGUAUCUGCCUGAGCACCUUUGACUGUCCGGUCACCAUACCCUGCGGACACAACUUCUGCCAGGGCUGCCUGCUCGCCACCUGGAGAGACUCGUACAGCUGCCCGCAGUGUCGGACCCUGUUCGCCACCAAGCCGGAGUUGAAGAAGAACACGGUCCUCAGCACCGUGGUGGAGACCUUCAGGGUCAGGGCCGUUAAAGGAGAAGGUGCUGCUGCUGCUGCUGCUGCUAAACCGGAGAAGAAGAAGAAUGUAAUCCGCUGUGACACCUGCAUGGAGGCAGAGGCGGCUCAGACCUGUCUCACCUGCAUGGCCUCCUUCUGUGAGGAGCACCUGCGGCCCCACAGAGAAAACCCCAUUUUCCGCCUCCACCAGCUGUCUCUCCCUAUAGGGGAUCUGAUGGAGCGAAUCUGCUCUGACCACCACAAGCUGAUGGAGCUCUUCUGCACCCAACACCAGCGUCCCAUCUGCAGCCUGUGCCUGCAGCAGGUCCACAGAGGCUGCCCCUUUACCACUCCAGAGGAGCAAAGGAGCCUGAAAGAGUCUGACCUGAGAGAGAAGUUGGGUUUUCUGGAUGGAAAGCUUUCAAAGAAUGAGACAGUUAUUUCUCAAAUGAGGGCUAUGCAGAACAAGUUAAAGGAGUCAGCCGUCCACAGGAAAAGUUCCCUAGCAGCCGGGUAUCAGCAGAUGCGGGACAUGCUGGCCAGAGAGGAGGGUGAAGCCCUGAAGGCGAUAGACAAAGAGGUGGAGAGUGGUGAAGUGAAAAUCAAAGGCCUUAUCACAAAGUUGAGUGAUAAUGUCAACAACAUCAGCAAAGCUAAAGAGGAAAUCCACAUUCUGCUGGGUCAGUCCCAAACCCUGGCCUUCUUACAGAGUUCAUUCAACCUUCCCCAAGCUGUAAGCUUUGAUCCCUACACCCCUCGAAUCACUCUGGACUCCAAGAAGGUCGUACAGUCCGAGGCCUUUGCUAUGACACUGAAGAACUAUCUGAUUGAGCUUUUGAAACACCCUGUGGAGGCCAGAAUCCCAAAACUCAUAGCAGACAUUAAUACUGGCGCAUAUGCAGUAGGUGAAAAAGCAGCUUAUGAAUCAGGGCUUGGGCCUUCCAGUCCUGGAACUAAUGUGGAACCCGUGCUAAAGUUUCCUCAGUUUAGGCUCCAGGGUCCAGGUCCUCAGGCCAAACCCGCUCAAAAGAAGAAACCUCAAAAAACCAAAACUGAGAACACUCUAGGAAAUAAAAAACUGGGAAAAUCUAUGGAAAACCUGCUGGAGUUUGGUGUGAAAGAAAACCAGAAGGGCCGUGCUGCUGCUGCUGAAAGCAAAGAAAAAACUGCUCUUGUUACAGAGACUUCAGAAAUUCCCACAGAGAUAAGUUCUGCUGAAAAAAGAAGUGACCUUCUCAAAUACGGCACUGUGCUCACCUUUGAUCCAAGAACAGCCCAUAAACGCAUCGAACUUAGUGAGAAUUUAACCAAAGCCUCAGUGUCUGAUGACCACACGAAGUACCCCGACUGCCCCGAGCGCUUUGCCGUCUGCUCCCAGGUCCUCACCUCCAAGGGUUUCUCUGCAGGCCGUCAUUACUGGGAGGUGCGGCUUAGCUGCAACAACUUCAUCGGCAUCGGCCUGGCGUACAGCAGCAUCGACCGAAAGGGUCCCACCAGCCGGCUCGGACGCAAUGACAAGUCCUGGUGCGUGGAGUGGUUCAACGUGAAGCUGUCUGCCUGGCAUAACAGCAGGGAGACUGUGCUGGUCAAUCCUAGCCCAAAGCGCAUAGGGGUGCUGUUGGAUUGUGAGGAGGGAAAGGCUACGUUCUAUAAUGUAGCAGACAGGGCUUAUCCCUUCCACUCCUUUGCUUUUCCGUUCGCUGAGGCCGUCUACCCAGCCUUCUGGAUUUUCUCCAGUGGCUCUUACAUUACUCUGUGCAAGCUUCAGUAAACUACAGCAUACAGUUAAAUAUGUGAACUGUAUGUAUUAUUGAAGCAGGAGAAAAACGGCAGAUUAAUUGGUUUCAUUUACUACCAGUUAGUGUGAAGUUUUGGAAAUGGAAAUUAAUCUUAAAGGAUCAUUGCUAAUGCUCCUUUCGGCUUUAAAAACCAAAUACUAUCAGUAUAUUUGUUGUUAAAGCAUACAAAGGUUGCCCCAGCCUUGUUCCUUUUAACAUUCUUUUGGUUUAAAGGUAUACUAUGCAGUCUGAAUUU